UUGUUUUGAUAAUAUUUUGGCUGUGACUCAUUCGCCGGCUGGCCGAUGGCUGUUUUCACUUUUGUUGUGGCCCCGAACGGCAUUUAAGGCAUUCCGGUGUAGACAGCAGACCAGAAAGCAAGUGAACACGCAGUUCCGAGAUUACGCAGCACACCCACAAUUACUCAGUUCGGUUUGUCAAUAUGUUCGACUUCAAUUUGGAAUUUGCGCGUGGAGGUGCCCGCUUCACCAGCGAGCUUUUCCAGCUUUUGAGCGCUGGUGGCUUCAAGGAGAACGUAGUCUUCUCGCCCUUCUCCAUCCAAACGUGCAUUGCCCUGGCCUUUGCCGGAUCACAGGGCGAAACCGCCGACGAGAUCGCCAAGGCACUGCACUUUGUGUCCAACUUUCCGCCGGAGGUGGCCCAGACCUUCCAGUUUGUGCUAGAGAAGUAUCGCAAUAGCAACCUGCUGCGGGUGGCCAACAAGCUGUACGUGCAGGAGGGCAAGCAGCUGAAGGCCGACUACCAGGCGGCGAUCAAGGAGCAGUACCAUUCCGAGGCGGAGUCCAUUAACUUUGCGCUCAGCGAUGCCGCCGCCCAGGCCAUCAAUGCCUGGGUGAAUGCCAAGACGCAGGGCAAGAUUACGGAGCUGGUCAGCGCGGACUCAUUCUCGGACAACACCCGGCUGGUCCUGCUCAAUGCCCUCCACUUCAAGGGCAGCUGGGCGCACAAGUUCAACGAGCAGCGCACCGAGGAGGAUAUCUUCUGGGUGGGCGAGGAGGAGCAGGUUAAGAUCAACUACAUGAACCAGAAGGCCAAGUUCAACUAUGGCUACUUUGAAGAUCUGGGUUGCACUGCUCUCGAGAUGCCAUACCAGGACUCGGAUCUAUCCAUGUUCGUGCUGCUGCCGCAGGAGCGGACGGGACUUUACCCCCUAGCCGAGAAGCUGAAGACUGUGAACCUGGUGGAUUUGGCCGACAAGUUGACCGUCGAAGAGGUCCAUGUCAAGUUCCCCAAGUUCAAGGUGGACUACUCCCUGGAAUUGGCCGAGAAGCUGAAGAAGCUGGGCAUCAACAAAAUGUUUACGGAUGGAGCUGAGUUUAACAAUCUGCUGGAAUCCCCCGAGGGCGUCUUUGUGUCCAAGGUGCUGCACAAGGCCACCAUCGAGGUCAACGAGGAGGGCACGGAGGCGGCGGCUGCCACCGGCAUGAUCAUGAUGACCCGCAUGAUGACCUUCCCCCUGCAGUUCCAGGCGGACCGGCCCUUCCUCUACGUCAUCUGGAACAAGAAGAACAUCCUCUUCGCCGGCGCCUUCGUUAAGGCUGCUUAAAAGCCCAUUUCUCACUCUUUUUGUAUUGUUGUUAAAAAAAAGUAUUGUUAAAUAAAUAAGCGCUCCAUGACUAA